AUGUGGAAGAUCCUCUGUCUUACCUUCCUGUUCUCGGCGGUAGCUGGCGACGAGUUCCUCAGCCGGAAAGGGGCCACCAGGGCCAGGUGCCUCCUCCAAGGCUGGGCCAGCGACGCGCAAGCGAAGGACCUUUUGAAGGUGGCCCAGGAGCUGGCGGGCUCUGGUUCGAACACUGGGGGCCCUUACGAUGCCCUAGACGCGGGCAUCACCCUGGUGGGCGUGGAGACCCCUUCCGGAAGUUGGCAGUUCAUGCUGCAGAAGCCGCAGGCUGCAAAGGCUGGUUCCUCCCAUGUGGUAGCUGUGCACAGCCAUCACCGUGGCGAUGCUACCGAGCAGCAGGAGGCGGAUCUCAUCCGCUUCGCUGAGUCUUGCUUCAGCAACACGGACGUGGACACCUCCAACCUUGGCAGCUUGCAGCUCACUUUGGGCAACAGCGUGGACUGUGUGCUUCAGAGAUGCCUCGAGGCCUGGGGCUUUAAGCCGGAGGAAUCCGUCUAUGGCUCAGAUGCUGGUGGCCCUUACGAAGCUUACGGCCUCGGUGCUACGGUGAUCGGGGUAGAAUCCCCAUCAGGCAAGUGGGACUUCGUGUUGCAUCUGAAGUAG